AUGGAGCUGUCUUCGUUGAAUCUCACCAACAAUCCAUGUGAGAGGAUAUUUCAUGUUCUCACAAAUUUCAGGUGCCUAUCCUGCUUUGAUGCGGUUGUAGAUGUUACAAAGUUUAGUGCUAAGCCGGAUGGCGAGUCUAAUAGUGCUAUGGCAUUCAUACAGGCAUGUAAUGCAGCAUGCAAAUCAUCAACAGGACCAUCAAACCUUGUGAUUCCACCAGGGCGAUUUAUGGUAGGGAAGACAAUCUUUAAAGGGCCAUACUCAUCAAACCCUGUGACUGUUGAAAUUCAAGAAACCAUAUUGGCAAACUCGAAUAUGUCUGAGUUCGGUGGUAGAGCAUGUCUCUUGUUCCAAGAUGUUGAUGGUUUGACAGUCUUAGGUGGAGGAAUUUUUGAUGGGCAAGGUCAGUCUACAUGGUUGUAUAGCAAUUAUCGUUCGCCUGAUAAUUGCAAUAGUCCUCUAUCAAUCUCUAUCAAAGUCCAGAAGGUAACUAAUGCUGUUAUAUGGGAUACUAAUUUGGUCAAUAGUAAAGGUUUCCACAUGACAAUCACUAGUUGCAGCAACUUCGUAGUUGAACGCCUCAAUAUAACUGCAUCUGAAAAUAGCUUGAAUCCUGAUGAAAAGCAUAUUAGUUGUUCUGAUCAAGUUCGUGUAUCUAAUUCUAUUAUUAGAACAAGUGAUGAUUGCAUUUCUAUUGGUGAAGGCUUAUCUAACGUCAAUAUAUCUGGUAUUACUUGUGGUCCAGGACAUGGCAUCAGAUAA